AGGAGGCGGAGGCAUCAACGAGCAGAUAAAGCCAACCGAUUGCUGGAAACCUGUUGCCUUCAGUUGGCUGUAAGCCUUCGUUCGCUUCGCAAGUGCGUCUGUUCUGUGCUGCUCGAAAUUUCACCUGAACACCCUAGCACACCUUCGUCUUGAUUCAGUGAUCUUUGAAUUAAUACACGAAAAAAAAAGAAAGAAAUGUCUUGCGCCGAGUCAUCAGAUGGCGAGAGAACAAUGUCGCCAACAGCCGCCGCUACCGUCCGUGAACGUCGACGAUUGCGAAUGUUGAAACGCAGGUGGAAUCACGGUGCCAACAACAACAACAACAACAACAACGGUGGAAUGGUGUUGAGCUUUUCGGCCUUCCGUCGGGCGCGCAGGAUGCGAAAUCAGCGACGGAUGACCAAAGAAGAAUACCUGAGACUUAAGAAUAUGGUUCCGGCCGUCGCUACACAACCUCGCGUUUCUAAGGUGCAAGUCAUCGAAGAGGCCAUCAAAUACAUCGACUCUCUGCACGUGGCCCUUUUUCAACGACUCAGAGCUCAGGAGUUGGCCUGCGCCGCGGACCCUUCCAACACCAUAUCCAGUAGGGGGCAAGCGCAGGUGACGGGGAACGAAUCGGACAUUCAGCCCGAACCGAGCCAGCUGUCCCGCUGGAUCGGCAACGUUUUACCGACGCCUCACGCCUUAACAACGGCUCACCUUCUGGUGACCGAACGGCAACAACAGCGGGAUGGCAUCAAACAGUGGCCGUUUUUCAUGGGCAAAGUUGAUUGCCUGAUCAGGAAGAAACAGAGUUGAAAUCCUUCCAACAGAGAAUGAGCUUUUUGUAUUAAUGUUUGGCUUAUUUCCGGUUGCUGCUAUUUCCAUUGCCGUGUUCAUUAGACUGUUAAACAAAUUGAAGAGGUUUGGCAAGUUAAUUGCUUUCUGGAAGCUAACGAGGGGGCAUUCAAUAAUUGUUGUGGAUCGCCAAUCCAAACGGGAUAAUUCAUUCUUGUAUCUGUCUUAAUUAAUGUGUGUUGUAAAAGAGUGUUUCUUUUCGUUUUUGGUUAGUUUUGAAUAACAAUAAAACAGUGUCGAUUUUCAUAUGAA